UUUUUCUCUGAAUUUGUGACGUCAAGAAGAUACGAAUUACGAAAUGUAAUGCAGUCUAGAUUCAAAGGUUUCUCAAUGUUUUGUACAUUUUCGAGACUACUGUGAUUUUCUUUUCAAUUUUUAUUUAUUUCAAGCAUCCAUCCAAAUAUUAUUGAUACACAGAUACAACGUGUUUUAAAGUUGUGAUGCGACUCUGAACCACCUACUCAGGUCCAAAUCAGCUAUUGAAAAUCCAAUUUUCACUAUUUUGUUCAUAUUUCCCUAAUGUUUUCUUAUAUAUUCAUGGAAUCAAAUAUUAAAUCAACCGGUCAAUUACAAAAAUAAUAACCCGGUCAUAGUUAUAAGUCAAAAUUGAAGUUUAGUUUUCUCUAAUGUUUUCUAUCGUCCACAGUAAAAUUUAUAAACUGAAUAUAUAUUUUUCCUAAUUAAUGAUAUAUAUCAACCAUCUUAGACCAUUUCUAAUCCAACACUAUAAGAAAAAUCUAUAAAACAGAAAAAAAUAUAAAGAUAAGUUUUUGCUAUUUUUUUUCUAUUUUAGAGAUCUAAUAUUAUACUCUUCCAUUUUUAAAUUAGUGUCACUCUAACAUUUUUUACACAGAUUAGCAAAAAUAUAUGUAAAAUUAUUUAUAGAAUCAUUGCAGUUUUUAAUUAAUUUUUAGUUAAAAGUAAAUAUAAUUUACAUUGAAAUCAUAAAAUGACAUUGUUUUUGUAAAACUUAUUACGAAACAGAGUGAAUAUAUUAUAGAGAUGAGUUGGAUAUGAUCAUCAACGGGAGCUUAUAUUACUUUCGUUACUCUUAUUGUUAGUCAGAAUCACCAGGACAAAUGCGUUGUUCCACACAUAGACCUCUUCUUUUUAACUAUUUUUAUUUAUUUAUUUUUUUUGGUUUUUCUUGUGUAGAAAACCUACUUCCAUUAACUUAUUAAACUUUGGGGGUACAAUGGUUGAUACAUGAUUUGAAAACAAUAGAGAUUAAAGCACCGCGGCCAUUUAUUUCUAGGUUUCAGACAGUAAAUUAUAUAAAAGAAAUUUAUCAGAUGAGCUUUUUAAAUUGUUUUCAGAUGAGAGUUUCUUGAUAUGCCUUUAAAGCCAUUUAAUAUCAAGUGUGCAGUCCCAUGGUAUACCACUUAUUUUCCCCACCAUACAUUACCCUCAAUUUCACGUUUUAUUUCUUAUAAAUAUAUACAGUUUCGUUACGUAUGAAGCACACAAUUGAUAAGAACCAUAAAAUUUGUCGACGCGACGCUGAUUAUUUAAGAGGCGUACCAAUUAGGUAUUCAAUAUUAGGAUGUAACACUGAUAUUGCAAACGUAGAAAAACGAGUUCACAAAUCUUAUGUGAAGAUAAAAUGGUUUGAAAUGUUGUGCAUGAUUUUUUUAAUUAUUUUAUUUUUUUGAGAAAUGGCUCUCUAAAUGUUGUGCACAAUACAUGAAAGUUAGUUGGAACACAGAAAAUUAAGACAUCAUCGGCUAACUUGGUUCUUAGUUACCCGGAGAGAUUGGGUGGGUAUGAGAUUAUCAUUAUGACGGUAGUAAAGAGAUUGACCGGUGAUAGCAUUCUUAUCGAACCCAACUCCUUCGGAAUUAUUGACUCAGUUAGGAUACUAUACAUGUGACUCAACAUCCUCUCUAUAAUUAGACAUAUAGAUCCCAAAUUCUGGAUAUAUAUAUAGAGCUACGCUCCUAGAAAGACAAUUUUAAUCUAACAACAACAAAAAGAACAGCAAGAACAUGGCAGAGACUCAAGGAAAGGUCAUCACUUGCAGAGCUGCCGUUGCAUGGGGUCCAAAAGAGCCGCUUGUAAUACAAGAAAUAUGCGUCGAUCCUCCUCAGGAAAUGGAAGUCCGGGUUAAAAUCCUUUACACCUCCAUUUGCCAUACCGAUCUCGGAACUUGGACCGGCGUGAACGAAGCUGAACGAGCAUUUCCGAGGAUUCUUGGGCACGAAGCUGUCGGAGUGGUAGAAAGUGUCGGAGAAGGAGUUAAAGAUGUGAAAGAAGGAGACUAUGUGAUUCCGACAUUCAAUGGAGAAUGUGGUGAAUGCAGAGUAUGUAAGAAAGAGGUAAGUAAUCUAUGUGAGAGAUAUAAAGUGGAUCCAAUGAAAAGACUGAUGGUUAGUGACGGAGGGACAAGAUUCUCAACAACCACAAACAAGGACGGCGGUUCGAGCCAGAGCCAACGCAUUUAUCACUUCCUUAACACCUCCACGUUCACCGAAUACACGGUCUUGGACUCAGCUUGCGUUGUCAAAAUCGAUCCUAAUGCUCCUCUCAAGCAAAUGAGCCUCUUGAGCUGUGGUGUCUCCACGGGUGUGGGAGCAGCUUGGAACACUGCCAAAGUGAAAGAAGGUACAACCACGGCUGUCUUUGGAUUAGGUUCGGUUGGACUCGCUGUUGCUGAAGGUGCACGAGCAAGAGGAGCUUCUAGGAUCAUUGGUGUUGAUGCCAAUGCUUCCAAAUUUGAGAAAGGUAAAUUGAUGGGAAUAACAGAUUUCAUAAACCCUAAAGACUUAACAAAGCCAGUACAUGAGAGGAUACGAGAGCUGACCAGAGGAGGCGUGGACUAUAGUUUUGAAUGCACAGGAAACGUCGAUGUUCUUCGCGAAGCCUUUUUAUCCACUCACGCCGGUUGGGGAUCGACGGUUCUAGUAGGAAUAUAUGCGACACCAAGAACAUUGCCACUUCAUCCGAUGGAGCUUUUCGACGGCCGCAAAAUCACUGGUUCUGUAUUUGGCGGUUUCAAGCCCAAAUCUCAGCUACCAAGUUUUGCUCAACAAUGCAUGAAAGGGGUUGUGAAAUUGGAACCUUUUAUCACCAAUGAGCUUCCAUUUGAGAAGAUAAACGAUGCGUUUCAGCUGCUUCGCGAUGGAAAAUCUCUUCGUUGUCUUCUCCAAAUUGCUAAGUUUCUCAAGAAAUAAUUCUACACAUUUCCAAAGUUUUAUUACUCUAUUAUUUACCUAGCAAACACUUGAGCAACCAUUAUUGUGCCCAGGGAUUGUUUAAGACUCAAAUGAUCUUGUGAUGUCAUAUAAGUUCUUAUUAUUCAGUCGAUUAUGUUAUACGAUAACCACAAAAAAAUUGAUUACUCAUAUGUCAUACGUUGCAACUACGUGUGGAUGUCUCUUUCUAUUGAAAUAGAAAACGCACAAUCAAUUACUGAUCUGUGUAAAAAAUGCAAUUGUUACUUGUGGCUUGUAGUGUGCAUGCUAUGUUUUUGAAACCAUUCGAAUAACUACGUAUAUCAAAUAAAUCAGAAAGUGGAUAAUUACGUCAGUGUGAGCAUGGGUUUACACGACAACACUCUUGUCGAUUGCUUGACAUGCAAACUUCACUCUGCUUCACCAAACCAACCAUUGCAGACUUGCAGUUCACUUAUUAACUAUUGCCAAUGUUUAUUUUUCCGAAAAAAAAAACUAUUGCCUAUAUUUAAUUAAUUAAGUUAUUCAUCAUAAAACUAUUUAUUUAAUGGAAUAGUUUACAACUUACUUUUUGCCUCACCACUCACACCAGAUGCAACUAUAACUAUAAGAUCAUCGCAUUCAAAUGUAUCAAUUAACUUGAUUGGUGCGAUUGAUGAUUAAAAAUAAUACUUGUGAACGUGGAAGAGCCGAUUAUUCUUGAUAUAAGAUAUGCAAAUACCAAAGUGAUCGUACAUGAUUAAAAUCAUUUUGGCAUUUGUGAACUUUUUUGUCUGACGGGCAGGCACACUUAUUCUCUUCCACCCUCAGACCAAUACGACCACUUGAACCAAACAUGGUAACCAGAGAACUAAAACCAACAAUAUAUAACUUCGUUUUUUAUCCAUUGUAACUAUUAAGGUAAACCUUAUUGAUCUCUUUGCUUUAUUGAUUGUUUUAUUCCGGUUUGUUUACCCAUACCACCUCAAGAUUCAAUAAUAAAAUAGCGGUUGCCACAAAAAAACUAUUAAAGUAAACCUCUAGUAUUAUCUUGAAUAUUUAAUUUUCUCUCCUUAUUGUGAUGUAGUGACCAUGUGAAUUAUCUUUGUUCUAUACAACUCACUAGGUAGUAACCCGCUGUAUACGCGGAGUGAAAUAGUUUAUUAGAUUGUUUAUUGUAUGUUGUACUAAUGGAUUUGUUGUAUAGUUUUUUCUUGGAAUGAGCAUUCAUAUAUCCAUCCGGAUUCAGUUAAUCUAUUCGGAUUUCAAAUUUUAAGGUUAGAAAUUUAAAUAGUAUUCGGAUAUUUACAAAUUUUAGUUUGGAUUUGGUUCGAAUCAUUGUGAGUUCGGUUCAGAUUUGAGUUUGGAUACCCAUUUUGAUUAAAAAAUUAAUGUGAACACAUUAAAUUGUCUGCGAUAUAAUUAAGAAAAUUAGUAUGUGAAUGCUUAAUUGUUAAAUGAUUGUGAGAUCGAAAUGUCAAUAUACUCAAAUUGAAAUUAAUGUGAAACUGGCUUGUGUCCAAUAUAGUGUGAAAUCAUUAAGUGAUAAUGCUUCUCUUUUAAUAUAUACUAGGUAAUAAUCCGCGCCUUGCGCGGAAUGUGAUUAUUAGUUUCAUUAUUUUUUAAUAAGGAGACAUUAAUCUAUUUAAUCAAGAUAUUGGUUCGGUUUUAGGUUUUGUUUUUGGUUUUUAAUCUCCUAAAAUAUAACUAUCAUUUUAAAUCAAUAUUUAUUUGGUUUGUUCGGUUAAAAUGUUUGAUGUUUUGUUUUUUUUUUUCCUGUUAUGAUCAAAAAUUACUAUUAUUUGUUUUACAUGUUAUGAAUCUUAGAUAAUCGUGAUGUCGAACCAAUGAUUUCAUAUUAUUAUUUCUAAACGGAUAAUAGUUAAAAAAAGAAAAGAAAAUUAUUAAGACAAAUCAUUUUACUAUAAUUUGGUCGAUAGUGAAAGAAGCAUUAAGAAAAAGAAUAUUUUAACUUCCAAAAAAUUAGAUAUUUCAGUUGUAGUAAAUACUUAGUUAUAAAGUGUUCACGUCAAUGUGCACAUGUAUGUGUAUGUAAAAGUAUACAAAGGUGAUUGAUAAAUACAUAAAGAUACUGUUAAUUAAUAUUAAAUGUCAUUUUUCAAAAUAAUACAUGAAAAACUAAAUUCUUAUAAUGAAGUUAUUUUAAAACAAAAAUAUUGUAAAAUUUAUAUAAACUAUGAUAUACAACUUAUAUAUAAUUCUUUAAAUAUAUGUAUAUAUAUAUGCAUAUAACGGAUCAAAUUGGAUAUCCGUUCCUAUAAAUAUUGAUAUUUGUGAUUUGCUUUUUUUUUUUUAUGGAUAUUGCAUUUUAGUAUUUGCUUCGUAAAGUAGCGAAUAUCCGGAUUUUUUGGUUCGAAUCAAAACGGAUAACGAAUCGAAUCAAAAUUUAUGAAUAAUUGUCGAGUUCUAUUCGUAAACAUUAAAAAUAACGUAAAAAAAAAUCAUGCAUGUGAGUUUUAUAUUAAAAAACGUAAGUACAUAGUGUGAACAUAUUUAUGUAGAGUUUGAAUGAGAAACUCUCUACAUGUGACAUGUGUCAUUUUAGUGUGAACGCAUUAAUUACAAUACUUCUACAUAUGACAUGUGUCCAAUUUAGUAUGAAUGCAUUUAUUACAAUGUUUCUCCUUUAAUAUAUAAGAGAUGUGAUCGGGAUUUAAAACUAAUGACAUACAUAAGAACAUGGAAAGUGAUUUAACUAAAAAGUUUACACCAAAAAGAAAAAAUUAACUAAAAAGAAUGACCAAAUAACCGGUCAAUAUUAGUAUGGGAAUAAAUUACAAGGUGAAACUUCACAUUCAACUCAACUAAAAUUAGAAAAUAGAAAUGAAAAAGUGAAGGAUCGAGAAGUCAAUUGUGUUUAAUCAUUAUGUGAUAUUAGUUAAUCCAUCAAUUUUUCUACCCAAAAGCAUGAUUAAGCAUAGAAUUUAGAGAAAUAAAACAUCAUUAUUAAUGUUGAAACACAAAGAUCCCAUCAACAGACAAAUCAUAAGAACAGUGCUUGUAGGGUAACAACUUUAACAUAAAAUCCCCAGCCUUUAUCAUUUUAUUUCUUGAUUAUGCAUUUUCUUUUGCUAAUUAGUGUUGAACAUAUACUUACUUUUUCUUUUUUUGCAACUAACAUAUACUUACUUAUAUUUGCGUACAUAGUUGUUGCUAAUUCAAAUACAUGGAUGAUAUAUAAUCCAACCAUCGCCUUUUUACUAGGGAGAGGAUAUUCCAACCUGUCACUCCCACUUUCCUAUCUCUAUUUUCGUUUUUUUUUUUUUUUUUUUUUUCAUUUUAGCUAUUUCAAUGUCUAAAUGCAUUAUUGGUGUUCAAAUAUGCACCACGGAACGAAAUGGAGUAAAUAUUUCUUUUUUAAAUAAGAAGGAUGAUAGGAGGUGGUGGACUACGCACCCCUAUCAAUGUCCGGUCUGGUUUUAAGAAAAUUCCGCGUCCAAGAACCAAGAUCGGUCCAGCUCGUUAAAAAGGCAUGGGCGAUGAAAUUGACUUGAUGAGCACACAACCCAUACCGCUAGCAGACGUGCCAACUUGUCAAAGGCGUAAGUGAUUUGUAUUAAAUGUCUAGGGACGAGGCGAGUUGAAUCCGCGCCGAAGAGAAUAUGUGAUAUCACUCUGACAAGAACCAAAUAUAUGACUUCAUCGCAAAAGACGACAAGCUAUCUUUUGUCGGGUUCGGAGCGCACUUUCACCUAUAAAAGAAGACAUUUCCUAAUCGAUCACAUGACAUACUUUUUUUUUCCUGAGCGAACUCAUAUAGAAUUUACUUAGCUAUCUCAAUACUUUGUAAGAGUGAGCUCGAUUCAAAUAUCGACCUCGCCUCACGUUUGUAAUCUCCUCUUGUAUUUCAAUAUUCUUCUAAUGGAAAUGAGAUUUCCUAAUUUUGUCCCUUAAUAACUUAAUCACCUCUUAAUUAUAUACCCGAACUCACACUUCAACAUUUAGCGCCGUUUGUGAGAAAAAAUCAAGAAUCUCUCAACUCAAAGAAACAUUUAGAAAAGAUGGAAACUACAUAUCCGGAUCAAGAAAUUAAGAUGGCAAAACGCAAAAACUCUAAGGACCAUUUGGGAAACAGUGUUGCGGUCGCUGCCACAGAACACCCCGUAACCCCCAGUCACAAACCAGGCGGAGGAAAACUAGACGAUCCAGACAACAACUUUGAGACAAAGAGCCAUAGCAAACCAACCAACCACGCCCUCGCGAUAUCACAUGACAACAAGGGAAAUAUUCCACGCGAGGAAACCGCAUCCCCCGUACGAGAGCAACAAAGUGUCACUUCAAUUCUACAUUUACUAUUCGCCGGAGAAAACCUUCCCGACAAACUAUCUCAAACCAACAAGUCAGGGUAUCCAGACCGCCCGAAGAGCCCUUCAUCGAAGUCCAGCAAGUCGAACACUAUGUAACAUACAAGGUCGAUAUCCUCCACCCUCCGGUUAGAAACCCUGGCAUCCUCAUGGGAACGAAGAACAUCACAUUCUCCAAAAAAAAUUCGAAAAUACCUCAUCCGCAACCCACGAGCAGAAAUCCCGACUUACAAUGGGAAAACCGACCUGAAGCUCUAACUUUCCGCUUUCAUCCACGCACUUGAGCGAACACAAUUCCAUCCCAAGGAGCAUAACGCAUUCUACUGCCAACUGUUGGCAAAACACCUCGAGGGGGUGCCUUCGGCUGGUUUGUCUGCACCCAGCUAAAAGCGAUUCAGAAUUUUGACCACUUGGCAACCACUUUCGUAUGACAACACGAGAAACAAGAAAUUCCAAGAAACAACAGACAAUCCCUGAGACGCGGUUUCCAACCUCCUCGCAAAACUCAACUUCAAUUGAGAUUCGAAACCAAACUCCAUAAAGGAUACAUAGCCGAGAGAAUAAGAGAGUUCACGACAAUACAUCAUAUGUCCGACAAAAUCAUCCUGACUACCCUUCAGAAAUCCCUAUCGAGCGACUAGAACAUCCUAGACGAGCUCAUCUUCGACAAAUCACGAACCGUGGAAGAGGCGCUGCAGAGAACGGAAAUCUUUGCCAAAACCGAGGUAACAAAUGCGGAAAGACAAUUUGGAUUCGACAAGCGAAAGGUCAGAUAUGUGGGUCACGAAGAGCGUGACAGCACAAGCUACAGACGAAAAAUAGAGAACUAAGAUGAUGAGACCAAUCGGGAACAAGCCGGCGACACCGAAGAGAGAAAUCAGUUCUGUGAAUAUUACCGCGCAGUCAGAAAAUCCACCAAAAACUAUAAGAUACUCCAAAACCUCCUCUACAAUGAGUACCGUGGAGCCCACACUACAAACCACGAGGCAAGUGAACCUGACUACCAAACCACGAAUGCCAGAGCACGCCAUGGUCGCAACAGGUCUUGCAUGAGCCCAAACAGUAACGAGUUCCACAGAGAAGCUUAGAUGCCACCAAAAAAAGCCCAAGUCGUAGAAGCCCGAGAUUGCCGUAAAAGUCCGUCGACGAACUGUGUAUUAUUAGUAUUUCAGUUUGAUUAACCUAUCUAAGUUCUUUUCACUUUUGCGUUGUGCUUCAAGGCCUCUUAAUCAACUUCAUUUAAGUUGUUUCUAAUUUUUUUUUUGAAAAACCGUCUUAAUUAGGAAUGUCUCCCUUACGCUGAAGUUCCUCGAGGAACGAGGGAUAGAUCGUCAUAACGAGAACUGUCUCAAGAAUAAAAAUUAAUUGUCAACGUUGAACGAACACAUAGACAGUAGCCCAAUUUAAUCCCCGAAACCACGCUCCCUAUGAUCAUAGCGGACUGAUCACCCGCUCGAUUUAUUUUAGCCGAGGCAAUGUCGUAAACGAACCUCAAAGCGAAGUGGCAUAAUUGAAUCUACAUACAAAAGAGUUGCUUACAAAGCGUACAUCCGCACUAAAAAAACUAUGAAGAACGAACGAAACAUAAAAAUAAUAAACAAUUUAUAUAGAAAAGAAUGAUACAAAAAAAGAGACAACAUAUACAAUACACUCAAGAACGCGAAGAAACUGAUGGCACAUCGCUAGAUGAUCUGAGCACCGCAUCGUGAGAAACUUCUAAAUCCUCAACGUCAAGGGUGGGCUCAUCCAUGGAAUUCACCUUCGCCCAGAUACGAGCUCUCUUUGAUUUCAAGACCCGCCACAAAAUCUGAAGGGACCGGAAAAACAUGCUCGUUCUUGACAACACCAAGGUAGCCAAGAGAGCCGAACAUACGGUGAAAUUCAACAUGCGACACCCGAACCUGUUCCUGAUCGGCGGCAUAUUGGCGAACCCAACCAAAGCGAGGCUCAUAAACUGAUUUGACCAACUUCCGUGCAACUGAGCGCUCAACCACAGCGCAACGAUUAUUUGACUCCUUUAGCUCCGCGAAUUUAGCCUCUCUCUCUUCCUCGAGGACCUUAUUAGCGGCCUUCACCAGAUCAAUCUCGGAGCACAAUCAAACCACCUCGGACCGAAUCCCUUGAAGCUCCACUUCAUCGGCUUGGAUACGAUUAACACUGUCCUGCCGAGAGCUCUCCACUGCACGAAGCUUUGUCUCUCAAUUCUCAAGAGCUUGAGUCAUAUCGACAAUGCGAGCCUUGAGAGGAUCAGCCUUCUAUUGCGACAACCAAGCAUCCAAUCAAUCUUGCUCGGCCUCUUCCGUCAUACGUUCCAAUGAUCGAUCCAAGUUCUUCACUCUCUUAUCCUUGCUGGUCAUAAGCAGAAUCUGCCGACCCUCUAACUAAAAAAGGAGGGGUAGGAGGGAAACAAAUAGUAAGAAACCAGGACAUCAAUGCGUCAUAAAAUAGCAUAUGAAAACAAAGAGCUUACACGAAAAGUAGCAAUCACGAGAUCUCCAUAUGAAUUCUUGAAAAUAAACGAAGAUUUCUCAGAAGCACCUACAUACGUCAAUAAUAUAUGACAUAAGCGAUUGAACGCCUCUCAAUCAGAAAUAAAGCCAUCCUUGCCAUUAUACCUAAAAAUGAAGCCAUGCGAGUAACCCAAACAAUCAACCAAGCGAGCAUGCUCAACCUCUUCCACCUCAUCAGUAAAAGGCAUGUAUGCAUGCGGAGACCCACUAAGCACUGGUGGAUGACGAAAAGGAAUAUCAGAGCAAUCAGGAGAAAACAGAGGUACCCGAAUAACUAUCAUUGGUCCAGCAGGAGAUUUCCCGAUUUGGAAGCGUUAGGAAGCGCCUGACCAACAUGAGGGAUUUUAGGCAAAUAUGUAGCGGGCGCGUCAGCACGAGCAACAUAACUAAGAUGCGGAACCAUCUGAACAUUAUCGUCGGCAACUCUCAUAUCGCCACUAGGAGACCUCAUUUUUCUCUUCCUACCUCUCCGAGCAGGCAAACCCUUCACGACAUGAGGAUCGAUCAAAGACCACAACUUUAAAUCAAUACGCUACGUCAAUACAAAUCCAUUUUUUAAAAAGGGGAGAGAAGAAAAAGAGGCUACCUCACUUCAAAUAAAGAUGAACAUAUAGCAGGUAGACCCAAUUUUGGCAACAUAUGCCCAAUAGGGCACACAUAUCACCAUCAAACCGCAGUGACCUUGGAUAAAUACACGAAUAACGAUCUGCCCAAAAAUUAACUCAGCGAGCCCAUUUAAAAAAACAGGGGGGGGGGGGAGGAGUAUAAAAUACAACGAGAGGUCCACUCACCCUUGUCGAGAUUCCAUGAUCCACGGUAGCACCGACUCACAUCUGGAACAGACGCCUAACUAAUUCUAUAAAAAUAGUGCAUCCGCCACGAUCGACCUUCGUCUCCUUUCCGACGUAAAUCAACUUCUUACUAGCCAUAAAACUAAGGUUUAGCAUUCCCAAGAAAAAUCGGUUGCUACUAAUUUAAGUAAACUUCCGAAACAACCAAGGGUCUGCCAAAAAAACAAGCUCGGAAGCAAAGACCAUCACUGCCACAAACGUCUUCAUCGAUGGACCCGUGAGUUGGGUAAAAAUUAUGGCGGGCUCCUCGCAUUGAGCCACCAGAAAACUUAGAAUAGGAAACCACACACCAACCUUGAAAAACAAUUCAUACAUAUAUAUGAACCUAGCAGGAGGAUCCCAUGGAUGCUCAUCCUAGGUCGUUAUGCUGAUCUCGACAUUACAAGGAAAACCCAGAGUUCGUGGAGAGAUGAAAGAGAUGUUUCAUCAAAUGAGGAAGGACCAAACGUGUUUGCCACCCGGGGAGCUAGAGUAGCAAGUUUUCGCCCCGAGGGACCCCACAACCUCUUCCCUGAAAAUCAUCGGGGCAAAGCAAGGAGGCGUCUACCGAGCCUUUGAUCAGCGUAGACAUAGUAGGAGACUGAGUAAGAGUGCGAGGAAGGUCAGACUCAGAGGAUCCUGACGAGCUACUAGACAAACUGCAAGACGUUUCGGAUUCAACCCUUGUCUUAAACAUCACCUCACCAAAAAGCAAAUAGAUCAAAAGACAACAACCGAACUCAAAUAAAGACUUAUAAGACCAAAGUGAGAAAUCACUGUACUUAUAUCCAAAGCAAGAAAUUGAAGAUUCACGUAUCUCUGACACGAAAAGACGUUCCUUCCCCGUAAGAUAUAAAGUAACAAUCAAACAAACAAUAACAAUGACCUCGAUUCGCUGAACCGCACCAAAUAUUCAAAACUAUUUGUCGGAUUCGAAUCUCUCCAACAAACUGGGGGAGACUCAUUGUUGGAGGUGAGCUGUGCACCCCUAUGAAUUUCCGGCCCGGUUCUGGGAAAAUCCCACUCUCAACCUAGGCCAAGAAGUGAGAUCGGCCUAGCUCGCUAAAAAGGGUAUGGGCGAUGAAAGAGACUUUACGAGCUAACAACCCAUACUGCCAGCAGGCGUGCCAACUGGUCGAAGGCAAACUAACUAGUCACUGAUUUACAUUAAAUACCUAGGGAUGAGGCGAGCUGAACUUGGGUCGCAGAGAAUAUGUGACAUCACUCUGACACGAACUGAAUAUAUGACCUCCUCCCAAAGGACGAACUAUCUUUUGUCAUAUUCGGAGCACACUUUUUCCUAUUAAAGAAGACUUUUGCUAAUCGAGCGGUGGACAAGCAUUUUUUUCCGAGGGAACUCAGAUAGAAUUUACUUAGAGAUUUCAAUACUUUGCAAGAGCGAGCUCGAUUCAAAUAUCGACCUCGCCUCACGUUUGUAAUCUCCUCUUGUACUUCGAUUUUUUUUCUAAUACGAAUGAGAUUUUUGACCUACUUUUCUCCCUUAGUCACCUCUUAAUCAUAUACCCAAACUCACACUUCAACAAUGAUGAUUAUGGACAUAGCUAAAGAUGUAUAUUUUUGUAGUGUUGUCUAUCAGUUUGUGGAGUAAUACAUUAGGUAGCAUAUGUGUAUCCUAGAAAGAUGCAGUAAUAUUGGAAUUCGUGUUUUGUAAUGUGAUUGGGCUUUGCUGAGUUUAGAAAAAGAAAGAAGAUAUAUUCUUGAAGACAAAUGGAUGUUUUCUAUCAAGCAAAAUAUUUUUGAAGAGUAAGUUUUACAUUAAAAAAAAUUUCGUUAAAAUAGCUUGGAAGAACUUAGGGAAUAAGUUUAGAUUUGCUAUAUAAAGAAGACAUGCCUCAUGAAGUAAAUAUGUCUCUGUAGAAACAGAAAACUGAGAGAUCUUUGUUUGUUUCUUGUGUGAUCAAGCUUUUUGUGUUACUGUUAUGCGUUAGGUGAUGACUUAGUUGUUGACGUAUUUCCAGAUAUAUGGAAGAUUGAAGUCUAGACGGAGAGGGAGUUUAUCUCAGGGUUAGGUGAUCCUAAUAAAUUGAAGUCCUCUAAGGUGAGUGUUAGCUUUGGCUUUUGUUAUCCUAAAGAAUCAUUGUAAUAGAAAAUGGUAGUACUUAAGAAGGGUUUUGCAUGAUGUAUGCGUAGCGAGUUAGUGUAUUCGCUUUCUUGUUAUAGUGAAUUCAAAAAAGAGAAACUUAUGUCUUGUUUAUUUUUUGCACUUUACUUUAACCUUAUCAUUCACACUUUCAAUUGGUAUCAUAGUGGGUCACCUAAGUCAUUGGUGAGAUCCUAAAGGUUGAGGAAAUAAACUGGUUCAUGAAGAAGGACACAAUUUUUUGAAUCAAAAUUAAUGGAGGCAUAUCAACAGGGAACAUAUAUGACAAGACCACAAUGUCUUGAUUCAUCAAAUUACAGGUAUUGGAACGUUCUUAUGCAAGUUUUUAUAUGUGGUCUUGAUGAGGACUGUCAGAGUUCUAUUGAAGCUGGUUGGAGCCAUCCAUCCGGUGAUGAUUGAUGAUAAGAAGGUUGAAAUUCUCAAGCCACGAGAUCAAUAAAGAGAGUUAAUGCCAAGACUAUAUUUUAUAAUGUGAUUGAUGCAAGCUACUUCAAGUUUAUUUCUCAACACACAUUAACUCAAAAGGUGUGGAAGAAAAUUGAGAAUAUGCUUGAAGGUACUACAAGUGUCAAGCAAACUAAGCUAGAUAUCUUAACAUCUAGAUUUGAGAAUCUAGAGAUUGAUGAAGAGAAAACUUUGGCUUAGUUUAGUGCUAAGUUGUGUGACAUAUUUAAUGAAUGUUUAGCGCUUGGAAAAAAUACAAAGACAAGAAGCUGGUGAAGAAUCUGAAGAGAUCUUUACUGUCAAAGUGUGAGUCAAAGAUUUUUGUUGUUGAUGAAGCUUACAAUCUGGAUGAGUCGUCUGUUGAUGAGUUUGUUGGGAUUCUUCAAACUUUUUAGUUAAGCAAGUCAUAUAGAGAUGAGGAUAAGAAGAAAGAAAAUCCAUAUGGAAUUGUUCUAAAGGUUCGUCUUCUAAAGUUCCUAUGGCGUGCUGUCAAUUUUUUUUCUUCUAAGUAUCAGAAGCAAAAGCAAGGCAUGAAGGAGAAUGAAAGAAGAGGUGACUUGGGAUAGUCAUCAUAUAACAUAUAAUGCUUUGAAUGCAAUGGAUUUGGACGUGUUCGCUCUGAACGUAUGGAUUUACAUAAGCAAAGGAAGAAGAGAGACGUCAAGAAUGACUGUGGAAAUGAUUACGAUGAUGGUUAGCAGCUUAAGAAUUUUAUGGCGUUCCCAACCAUGAAGUCGAGCUCUCUAACAAUAUGUGUUUUAUGAUCUGCAUGAGCGUCAGAAUGUGCAUCUGAAUGGUGUUGAUGAUGAUGGAAGUAUGGAUUAUGUAGAGCUUGCUGAGAACUAUGAAAGAUUGUAUGAGAAUUAGCUAAAUAUGAUUGAGGCAAAUUCAAUGCUGGUUAAGAAGAAAGUCAAGCGAGAAUUGAAGGUUUUUGAAGCACUUAAAUAUGCUUUCGAAAUAAAAUAAAAGAGCACGAAAGGUUAGUACUUAACUUGCAUAAACACAAAAGAGUUUGAGGAUGCUGAAUAAUGGGACGAAUCAACUUGAUUAUCUUCUAAGCAUUGGGAAAAGUGAUCGAUGUAGUCUUGGAUUUCAAGGGAAUCUCAUAAAGCUAAAUGUGUUUUCGUAUCAGCAGGAAAAAUUGAGAUUGUAGCAUCAUCUACUACAAAGCGAAUGGUUAUGUCUGCAGGGAAUGCAUCACACAAAAGACUGAUGAGAAAACUGGGACUGAUUAAAAAACUGCAACUACUACAAGUAAUUCUACAUCGACUGCUUCGGGUAAAGUUUCUGACCGUAAGAGCGCAUCUCAAGAAAGUUUUGACCUAUUUUUCAUCAUUGUAAAGUUGUUGGGCAUAUUAGAUCAAGAUAUUUCAAAAUGUUUAGGAUGAUCUAUAUCUUUGUGAUUAAGAUUAUAGUGGAUUGUUUCUUGCGAGGCUCAAAAACGUAGCAUUCUAGGUGAUUUUUGGGUAAACAAUUUUUUGUGUCAUUCUUCUAUCUUUUCCGCGUUCUUAUUAUGUUCUCCAUUAUUCUACAAACUUAUGCUUUCCAAUUUAUAUCGGCGAGUUUAUCUGAGAAUGUGUCGGAGUUGUGUGUUUAAUUCUGGUUUAAGGCCAAACAGUUCUUACCAUUGUGAUUUCAACAUUGAUCGAUUAAAUUUAAACUGAUCAGUCUUGAUUGUCUGAAGUGUUUUAAUUUUUUCUGUUUUUUGCUGAAUAACAGGAAACGGACAUGCAUUGGGGACUGAGCAGAGAUGACUAUGAUGUAAUGAAGGUGGAGUGUAACACUUUGUGAAAAAGCAUGUUUCCUGCUCUCAUCCCUCGUCUUUCUUUGAUUUUAUCAAAUUUUGAUCACUUAAUUAAACGGGAAGAUACAAUAAAUUUUAACAUCAAAAGUUAUUUUGCUAAUGCCCAUUAUUUUACAGGGAGAUUUGCCAAAAAUGACUCAAAACUUGAUUUUGAAUACAAAAAUGUACCACAAAUUCAAUCAAAUGCAAAAGUAACCCAAAAGCCUAGUGAAAUUAAAACAGCCCCUUAUGAACAAACAAAAAACAUGUAUUCAAUUUUAACAUUAUAACCCUCCGUUAGAGAAGACUUCUUUGUAAGUUUUCUCUAAGAUGACUUCUUCGUAAGUUGAUGACAAAAAAAAAAAAAAGACUUCUUCGUAAGUUUUCUCUAAGAUGACUUCUUUGUAAGUCUUUUCGUUCAGUAGAUCUUCAAAAUAAUUUUAUAAUUUUAUAAAAAAUAUUUUGAUGGUUAAAAAAUUGAAAUCAUGUAAUAAUAAACAUUUCUCAAUGAUGUAAAUUUAGUUCAUCUGAAAUUGAAUUAUUUUCAACAUAGAUGAGUGAAUGUAUAUUAGCUCAUGAGUCAUGGUUUAGGGUUUGGUAACAUAUGUUAUAGUAUUGUAUGUAUCUUUAGGGUUAGAUUCUGAAAUAUUACCUUCAUUUUUUUUUCAAUUGACCCAUAUAUGUUAGUAACUAUCUAAUAACUUGAUUUAAACACUUUCUAAAUUUUUUUUUUUAAGUUUAAGAAAGUGUUUUUUGCAUAGUUAAUUGAUUUUAGGGUCUGGAAGACUCACAGAAGACUUAAAAGAAGUCUUCAGACACAUCCCGCCUAAAUUUUAGUAGAAUUUAGGUUUCCCGCAUAAAUCAAAGUCUUCCAUAAGUCUUUCAGGAGUCUUCCAUAAGUCUUUCAGAAGUCUUCCAUAAGUCUUCCAGAAGUCUUCCAGAGAAAGUCUUCUCAUAGAUUAGAUCUGAAAAAUAAUUUAAUUUUUUAUAAAAACUAUUUUCAUGGGUUAAAAUUUGAAAUCAUGUAAUAAUAAACAUUUUUCAAUGAUGUAAAUUUAGUUUAUCUGAAAUUGAAUUAUAUUCAACAUAGAUGAGUGAAUGUAGAUUGGUUCAUGAGUCAUUAGUUUAGGGUUUGGUAACAUAUGUUAUAGUAUUGUUGGUAUCUUUAGGGUUAUAUUUUAAAUCUUAUCUUCAAUUUUUUUUAAUUGACCUAUAUAUGUUUAGUAACUAUCUAAUAAUUUGAUUUAAACACUUUCAAAGUUUUUUUAAGUUUGAAAAGUUUUUUUUUGCAUAGUUAUUUGAUUUUAGGGUCUAGAAGACUCACAGAAAACUUAAAAAGAAGUCUUCCGACACAUCCCGCUUAAAUUUAAGUAAAAUUUAGGGUUCCCGCCUAAAUUUUGGAAUAAUUUAGGUUUCCCGUCUAAAUCAAAGUCUUCCAUAAGUCUUACAUAAGUCUUCCAUAAGUCUUCCAUAAGUCUUCCAGAAGUCUUCUGGGUCGAAAAUAUUUAACCUAUUUGGAACUUUUGUCUCCAUAUAUAAAGAAAAUUUACACAUUCUCUUUCUUCCUCUCAAAUGACUGCAACAAAAAUGCAAUGUUUCUCACACUAAAACUCCCAACCUCUCUCUAAUCUCAAUUUUAUAUUCAUUUCUCACUUUUUCUUAUGUCUUCUCACUAAUUUAUCUUCUUUUUACAGAUUUUUCAUUACAUGAUUCUCAUCGUUCACUAUUUCAAAGGUAGAUCACUAAAUUUUGGAUAUGAAUUUAUGUGUGUGCUUAUAUGUUAGAUUCUAAAAGCUAUAGAUUCAACAUAGUGGACUGUUUUGUUUAUUUUGUAAGCAUAAAAUUUUCAUUUUUGAAGGUUUCUCUGUUUUAAAGUUAUUUGAAUGUUUUUGAAUUUGCAGAUUUUUCCAGAUUUGAAAGACUUCUCAGAAGACUCUCAGAAGACUCUCAGAAGACUCUCGAAAGACUUCCCAGAAGCCUUCUAAUGCAUUUUAUGCUAGAAGACUUCCCAUGAAGUCUUGAGGAAGUCUUCCGAAGUCUUUUGCCUAAAGUGGUAUAAAUUUUGGAUAUGUAUUUUGUGUGUGUUUUUAUAUUAGAUUCUAAAAAAUUAUAGAUCCAACCUAAUGUGACUGUUUUGUUUAUUAUCAAAAAAGUUAUUUUUGAAGUCUUCUCUAUUUUGAAGUCAUUUGAAUGCUUUUGAAUAUGCAGAUUUUUCAGAUCUGAGACAAUUUUGGAAGACUUAUGGGAUAAUUCUUGGAAGACUCUCAGAAGACUCCGAAAGAUUCUCAGAAGACUUCUUUAGAAAUCUUAUUUACUUUAUGCUAGAAGACUUCCCACAGAGUCUUCAGAAAGUCUUCCAAAGUCUUCUGUCCAAAGUGGUACAAAGAGAUGAUGUGAAGUGGAGUCCAAGCUUAUCUAUGUUGAGGAAUAAUAUCAAGCUGUGUAAUAAUUUUGUUUAUGGUCUUUUUAUGAUUUGUAUGUGUAAUAUUUUAGUUGUGAAUUAUUUUGUAAACUUUAAGAGAUGGUAAUCAAAAGAAUGGUUAAUAUGUUCAUGUUUUGCCAAAAGUACUUGACUUCAUUAAAGUUACUGAUGCAACAUACUAAAAAAUAUUUUAAUCAUUCUACCCACACAUAACAAAA